CGCAAGGAAAGACUACAGAUGCAGCAGAAAGGAGUUUCGCUGCCUUGUGGAGAGUCAGAGACAAGGCCCUGAAAAACGGAGCUAAAAGGUUAAGUAAGCGGUGUUUUGAGCCAAAUGCUGAUUUAAGGGGAGCGCGGUUUUUUUUUUUUUUUUUUUUUGGGGGUUUCUCAGGACACACCCAAGGCAGCCAACAGGAUUCUUGUGGAGAACAGUCCAGCAUAAUCAUAAAGAGUGUGAGAUAACUUCAGCCCAGAGUUUCCUUCCUGGCAACAAUGGUUGACUUCGUCGAGGACUAUGAUAACUACACCUAUGAAUACUACCAGGAGUAUGGCAACUUGGAAGAUCUUAAAGUAGAACACAGUCAGAGGGAACCAACGCACAUUAUCUCAGUGGUUAUCUACAUUACUUCCUUUGUGCUUGGUGUGAUUGGAAAUGGAACUGUUAUUUGGGUGACAACGUUUAAAAGCAAAAAGACUGUCAACAGUGUGUGGUUGCUCAAUCUAGCCAUAGCAGACUUUGUGUUUGUGCUUUUUCUACCGUUCUGCAUUGAUUACAUCCUGCGGGACUUCCACUGGAACUUUGGUGUGGCCAUGUGUAAGAUUAAUUCAUUUGUGUCCGUGAUGAACAUGUAUGCCAGUGUGCUCUUUCUUACAGUGCUCAGCAUAGACAGGUAUGUUUCUCUGGUCCACCUCAACUGGUCUGAGAGGUAUCGCACUGUAGCGAGAGCCUGGGUUGUAUGUGGCUGCAUAUGGGUCAUAGCUGGAGCCAUGAGCUGUCCUGCGCUGAUUUUUCGCGACACCAUACGCUUGCAUGACAAAGUGGUGUGCUUCAACAACUUCCAUGCACAGGACGGAAAGAUGGCAGCCAUGACACACAUUAUAAUAGUGGUCAUCCGUACCACUGUGGGCUUCCUUCUGCCGUUUACUGCUAUAUGUGUGACAGGAAUACUUCUUACAAUCAAAGUGAAUCAAUCUGGGGACUCAUUUCGCAUGUCUAGCUUCUCCAAAACAGUCACUGCAGUAAUUCUCGCAUUCUUUUUAUGCUGGGCACCUUUUCAUACUUUUAGCUUAAUGGAGUUAUCAGUGCAUUCCUCAUUAUACCUACACAACAUACUGAAAACUGGCUUUCCUCUUGCCACCAGCUUAGGCUUUUUUAACAGUUGCAUUAACCCCCUGCUGUAUAUGCUCUUGAGCAAAAAGGUUCGUCGUAUCCUGAAACGUGCAGUGCUGGAUCUAACUAAGAGGUCACUGAGAGAGCUCAGCCAGUCAAUCUCUGCCACUGAGAUUGAGUCUGUGCCAGAACUUCCUCAAGACAGUGUCCCAGAGGAGCCUGUGGCGUUAUCAACUCUAUGAUUGCAACCAUUCUCAGACUCUAGUUGUUGUCCAUGAAAAACAUGGGGGUGGCUGGCUAUUACUUUAGUGGAUAUGUGGAUUAUCAUACCCAUUCUUUCCAGCUGUAGUGUUAAGAUUUUCCUAUUUUGUUUCAUUUGAAUAGAGUUAUGCCUGCUUCAGCUGGCAAUUACUCUCAAUGGAAAAGCUGAGGGAGACUGUAUAAAGUGCACACUGGGGUUAGUAUCUUUCCAUUUAUUUUUCACUUGCAUAACCCAAAGAAGAGUGGUAACAGGCAAGAUCAAAUUAUAGUUGAAAGAGUUGAUUAUCCUGAAAAUCAUUCACUUUAAAUUAAAAAUGCCAACCUUUCUCUGUUUCCAGCUUCUCGACUGUUACGAUUUGCUGCUUUUCUUUGUCUCCUAUGAUAGUAAACUGAAUAUUUUUGGGUUUUGGACAGCUGGACAGAAAAUCAAGCAAUCUGCAGAUGGUUCUUUGGGUUGUGGAAAAUGUGAUGGACAUUUAAACUAUUUUAAUUCAAAUUAUAUAUGCAUCUACAUAUUCACUAUAUUUUUUAUUGUACUCCUUUGCACCAAGGGAAUCUAUCAUCAUCAUGUUCAGUAGGCUAUUUUGGUUCUUACAGGUGAGAUAUUAUGCCAAUAUCUGAUUGUAGUCUAACACUAUUUUUGUCACCUAUUAAUGUAUUGUAUUGAUUUUUAUGUAGUUAAGAGUUGUAUAAAAGUUUUAUUCUAAUAUAUUGCACAUAAAUAGCAUAUAUCUUAAUAAAAUUUUUCUUGUGAAUA